AUGACAUACGGCGGCGCCCCGGCAGAGAGCAGCCAGCCGUGUUAUACGAGGUCGGGCCGUGGGGAGGCGCUGGCGGGAACAUUGGUCCGCGGCGGGUUCCAGCCGCGCCUUCCGACUUCGCUGCCGCCCCCAGGGCGGCAGCAGCAGCAGCAGCAGCAGCCGUCGCCGCUACCACGCCGACAGCCCGUCCAGUUGAUGCCUCCCGCGCAGCUUCAUUCGGGAGCGCCCCAGGUGGUCGCUCCGGCGCCUGCGGUCCCUCUUCAGUCGCCACCGCCUUCGGAGCAGAUGGACGUCGACCCCUCAGCCGGGCCGCCUUCCCAAGCGGUGGCUGUGCAGCCUGUCCUGCAGCCGCUUUCCUUGGGCACCCCCAAGGAGUCUGACACCGCCUUGUCCGGCGCCCACUCAGCAGCCGUCGACGCACCGUCAGGAGACGCUGCCUCUCUUCGUGGGUCCCGACGCCCCGUCGCGUCCAUUGUGGCUGGGCGAGGCGGCUCCGGCGAGGGCGGCGCAGUGUCCGGCGAUCGCCGGCAGUGUGGCGGGACAGGAGGCUGCAGCGCUGGCGCCAGACGGAUCAAUAAGCGCCGCCGGCUGGCGCUAGUGCGGCGUGGCGCGGAGGGCUGCCGUGGCGCGGCGCAGCGCCUUCUGCAGUGUGUCUGCCCGGGACGCCGACAGCCACAGCGGCAGCCCGCUGGCCGAGGCGGCGGCGGGCGGCCGCUGCAGGCCGAGAACUGA